AUGGCUAUAUUUAGAUCAAAAUCUUCAAAUAAAACCCCACAGAAAGUGGAUGAUAUUCAAAUUAAAAUAUCUUCACAAGAUGAACAACAAUAUAAAAUGCAUUCAGCUAAUGUUCAUGAUCCUAUUUUAUCUGCUGUUCAAGAAGCUCAACCUUUUGAACAAGCUGCUCAUAAUGGCGCUGAAGGUGAUCCAGAUGCAAGAAGACCAUCUUAUUUAUCCCAAGAUUCACAUGAUUUAAAAGAUAUUUUUGGACAACCUAUUGUACAAACAGAUAUGUCUAAUCCUACAAGAAACAGAAAUGAACGUCCUUUAGAUACCAUUAGAGGGUUUGAAUAUGCCAUCACUGGUGAUUUAACAUAUCGUGAUCAAUUAGAAAGUAAUCGUUUAGGCUGGGGUUUCCAUGAAGAUUUCCCAUACUAUAAUUUAAGUGGUCAAGGAAAUGAUAAUAAUAAUCUGGGAUAUGGUAAUAAAGAUGGAUCAGGAAAUGCAUAUUCAAGACCAGUGAUUAAUUUUGAUGAACAACCAGUUUAUCAAGCAGGUAAUUAUAGUGCUAGUAGUUUACAAGCUGAUCAAAACAAACUGCAGAAGAAGAAAAAGAGAGGUUUAUUUGGUAGAAAGAAAUAG